AUAAUUGAAAAAAAAAAAAAAAAAUCCUCCCCCCGACGAGAAAGAGAGAGCCGACUCCGUCCAGCCCUCCGCCCCUCGGUCUCCUCCGUCGCCGCCAUCUUCUCGACCCCAACGCCUCUUUCGCCGCUCCGUCCAGCUCCCGCUCACCCUCCUCCUCCCCGGCCUCCUCCGGCGCCGACUCCAUUUUUGCCCCUGUCCGAGGAAAAGAUCACCGCUGCGUCCCGAGGUCGUCUUCUCCUCUUGAUACCUGAAAUGCACCCUCCUUUGACUUUGCAUAGGCAUCCGAUGUGUGUAGAGAUCAUUGAAGAGUUUCAAAAAUGCCACACAGACCAUCCGAUUGCAAAAUUCUUUGGGCAAUGUACUGAAUUGAAGAUAAAGCUGGAUCGCUGUUUCCGUGAGGAAAAAGCUUUGAAACGAAAGGCUAAUUUCGAAAGGAGUAAGAUAUUGAAGGAAAGGAUACAGGCCCACAGAAAAGAAAUGACGGAGAAAAGCGCAGAAUAAUAUCACAAACUAGCAAUAUGAGUACAAAUACCUUAUUCAAAAGAAUGUUGUAUUUUUAUUUUCCCUGUAAAGAUGUUUGCUAUUUAUGCACCACAGCUGCUUAUUCAUAUGAACAUGGACAUAUUCCAGAAUGAGAAUCACAUCAGCAUAAUUUGGGCCAAUAAAUUGAUUAUUUGUCAAUAUUAGGAUUAUGACACAACUAUUGGGAUUUAAAUUGCACAUUGAUUUGAUGGUCAUUUUUAAGUUAUUAAUCCAAAGUGAUUUUCAGGGUA